CGUUACCUGCAUUCAACACCACACACAUCAAAAUCGUUUUAACUACAUAACUAACUCAUCAUGUCGAAGGUCGUUUGUGUCACCGGAGCCAGCGGCGCCAUCGGAUCGUGGCUGGUUAAGCUCCUCCUCCAACGUGGCUACAGCGUCCACGCCUGUGUCCAAGAUCUCAAGGAUGAGAAGGAGACGAAGCAUUUGGAAGGCAUGGAAGGAGCGAAGGGUAAUUUGGAGUUCUUCGAGAUGGAUCUUCUAGACAAGGAGUCGAUUGCGAAGGCCAUAAAGGGAUGUGCCGGUGUUUUCCACCUAGCAUGUCCCAACAUCAUAGGACAAGUCCAAGACCCAGAGAAGGAGAUAUUGGAACCAGCAAUUCAAGGGACAGUGAAUGUGCUGAAAGCAGCAAAGGAAGAAGGAGUGGAGAGAGUGGUGGCAACAUCAUCAAUCUCUGCCAUAACUCCAAGUCCUAAUUGGCCAGCUGAUAAGAUUAAGAAUGAAGAUUGUUGGACUGAUCUUGAUUACUGCAAACAGAAGGGGUUAUACUAUCCUAUUGCAAAGACAUUGGCUGAGAAAGCAGGGUGGGAUUUUGCAAAGGAGACGGGUUUUGAUGUGGUUAUGAUCAAUCCUGGCACUGCUUUGGGCCCUCUCAUUCCACCAAGAAUCAAUUCUAGCAUGGCUGUUCUUGUUAGUGUCCUUAAAGGUGACAAAGAAACGUACGAGGAUUUCUUCAUGGGAAUGGCACACUUUAAGGACAUAGCAAUGGCACAUAUUUUGGCUUUUGAGAACAAGAAAGCAUCUGGAAGGCACUUGUGUGUAGAAGCUAUUCGUCACUAUGGUGAUUUUGUUGCCAAGGUUGCUGAGCUUUACCCUGAAUACAAUGUGGCUAAGUUGCCAAAGGAUACCCAACCAGGACUGUUGAGAGCAAAAGAUGCAUCAAAGAAGCUCAUUGAUUUAGGGUUAGAGUUCACUCCUAUUGAUCAAAUAAUCACUGAUGCUGUGGAGAGUUUGAAGAGCCUUGGCUAUGUCUAAAUAAUUUUUAUUAUAUAAUGAUUCUAUUGAAGAAGCCUUUGGGGACUGACUGCAUAUAUCACUGUCACAGUGGUGAUGAUGGUGUUAAUUAUUAUUAUUAUUUCUUCCAUCAUUACUUCUAUGACUCAUUGUUCAUCAUCGCAUUUCAUGUGGUUUUUGUUUUAUACUACUUUAAUUCUCAGUUACUGUUUGUGUGUGUGUCUGUUUGUGCUUAUGGUGUAAAAUAAAAGGUGAACUUAUUGCAGUUCAGUCACCAUAGUGACUAUUAGUAUUAA